AUGGAAGAUUGGUUAACUAUAACGUGCAUAAUAAUUUGUAUAUUAUGUUUUCAAAAUAUUUACGUACAAGUGAAACGACAAGGUUCAGUGCUUGUAAUAUACAGCGUAACAAAUUCGUUGUUAAGUUUGUCUUUUGUAUUGGCUGGAAUAUUCCUACCAACAAAAUUUAAAAUAGAAGAUGCAACCAAAUCAGAAUAUACGUGGUGCGGAAUAAGCGGUAUAUUAUUUUCCAUCAGUUCAGUGGCAAAUUAUGGGAUGGCAUUGGCUCUGUCCGUUGAACUUUACGUAUCAUUACGAGUCACCAAUCCAGCCGCACGUAAAGAACCGUUGAUACAAAGGUUAAAUUUUGUACUGGCAUAUAUAUUACCAUUACUGUCUAUAAUACUAAGUAUUAUAGUGUUGUUGGCGUAUGAUGAUAACGUAUUCGAGACAAUUGAUGCGGGUGGAAUAUGUGAAGUGUCAAGACAUGGUAAAAAUUUACUUGCAUUAUUUUUCUUAAGGACAUUGACCGAAUACCUAGCAAUCUUUCCAUCGUGUGUAUUGUCGGUAUUAUCAUUAAUACCGGUGGCCAAGGUUGUGUUUAAAAAUCGUAAAUUGCAAUUUAGUAUGACUGGACCAUGUUCGAUAUCCAAAGAAUCAACAAAACCAAACACCACCAUUACCACAAGAGCAGGUCCACCACCAAAUUCAUCAACAUCAGCAAAUCACAAAUAUCUUCUACCGCGUAAUGUUCUUAUACGGAUGGGAUUAUGGUGCAGUUUAUUGAUUCUGUUGGGAAUACCGACAUCGGUGAUUGUGCUAUACCGAAACAUAAAAAACCUAACAGAUCCGACCAACACCGAUUUAUCAUUUUAUCUUUCGCCUGGUCAAACUGAUUUCUUGGCAAUUUAUGGAUUCACCUUGCACAUGGUAUUAUCAAAUGGAUUGUUCUUAUUAUGUUUUGGUACCGGAAAAUUUGCUAAUGAACAAUAUCGAAUUCUUUGGACUACAAUAUUACAAAAAAUAUUUUUUUGUUGUCGACCAAAAUCACGUAUUCCAAGUUCACAGAUUGAAUUUGAUAUGAUCGAUCACACAGCAAGACAUUCGAUCAUCUCAUUACCUGAAGUAGCCGCAGCUUAUGGAGCUAAUACAACAUCGUCAGGAUCCAUAAUAAUAAACACGAUUGCUAGGACAAUGACAGUCAACUCAAAUUCUUCAUCACUUCGUAUAAAAGGAGGAGGAGGAGGUGUUGAUUCUGGGAGAGAAUACAAUAACAAUACGAUUAAUAAUAAUGAUUGUCUUAAUGCUGUUAGUAGCAUUGAUCUUUGUGUUAGUGACAAUUCACAAUGUGAAAAGGUUGAUAACACAAAUGAUGAUGGAGAUGGCACAGAAAAUAGAACGACAAGAAUCGUAAUAAUCGUAAUAGUUUUAAUAGUUUUAUUUUUUGUAGGUUUAGGACUUUGUAUAUAUUUGAGCGUGACAAGAAUUAAAAAACGUGAUAAUGAUAAAAGAACAAACGUCGUCAAUAACAGAGAUUUUGAUAAUGAUAAAAUUGCCACCAAUACUAAUGUUACCACUGUUGCUAAUUACGAUGAGAAUGUUAAUAAUACGACAUUAACAACAACAGAAUCAUCAAUAACAUCUUCACAACCAAUGCCGAUUAGGGGGACAAAAAGGAAACAAAUACCACCACCUCCAACACCACCACCUUCGAUACCACCACCUUCGAUACCACCACCUUCGAUACCACCACCUUCGAUACCACCACCUUCGAUACCACCACCUUCAAUACCUAUACCACCUUCAAUACCACCACCUUCAAUACCACCACCUUCAAUACCUAUACCACCUCCACCAAUAUUACAUAUACCACCUCCACCUUUGUCAUCAUUUAGAAAAUUACCAAAUAACAGUGAUAGUUAUAAAAGAUACAUGUAUGGUCUAGGAUUUAACACAAUGAGUUCAGGAGCAAAUUUAUCACACUUGUCAUUAAAUCGAGGAUUUAAUAAUUAUUAUUAUAGAAAAAGUGAUACGAGUGGUGUUAGUGGUGUUGAUGAAAUUAUUAUAAAUGAAAAUUCAAUAAUAAUUGACGAUGAAGGGAAUUAUUUAAAUAGCCCGACAAUACCUUUAACACCAACUAAAGAUUGCUCUUCAAUGCACUCAACUUCUUCAACUUUUCUUUAUCAUCAUAAUGGCUCAAAAACUAAUCUUAGUAAUAGUAUUAAACAAUCUUCAAUAUUAAGUUCUGAAUUGUAUGCACCACUAUUCAUUAAUAAUAGAUUAACUGCAAUGUAUAAAGCAAAAAAAAAUAAGUCAAUGUCAGAUAAUGGUGGUGGUAUUGAAGGUGGUAUAGGUAUUGAAGGUGGUGGUAUCGAAGGUGGUGGUAUCGAAGGUGGUGGUAUCGAAGGUGGUGGUAUCGAAGGUGGUGGUAUCGAAGGUGGUGGUGUUGGAGGUGGUGAUCUUUGUGUUAGUGACAAUUCACAAUGUGAAAAGGUUGAUAACACAAAUGAUGAUGGAGAUGGCACAGAAAAUAGAACGACAAGAAUCGUAAUAAUCGUAAUAGUUUUAAUAGUUUUAUUUUUUGUAGGUUUAGGACUUUGUAUAUAUUUGAGCGUGACAAGAAUUAAAAAACGUGAUAAUGAUAAAAGAACAAACGUCGUCAAUAACAGAGAUUUUGAUAAUGAUAAAA